AUGGUCUGGUCUGAGCAAAGAGAUGUGACCUUUUUAAGGGAGGUUGCAGCAGAGGGGCUGUUCGCCAAGAAGGAGAAGUCGAGAGAGAGAGGGUCUGGGUGGCAAACCGUUGCCAAUAAUUUAAACCCAAUUUUUGACACGGAGUUGACACCCAGGUCUGUGAAGGACCACUACAACAGCUUAUCAAAGAAGCACAGAGCAAGGUUGGCAAGAGAGAUGCGAGCGACAGGAGAAGGGGGAGAUGAAUUAACAGAAAGAGAAGAAUUGCUGGAAGAACUGAUGCAAAUAGAAGAGGAAACAGACUUACAUAUGGAGGAAGAGAAUAUAGCAAGGAAGGAAGUGAUUGAAAUGGAGAAAGCGAAAGGAACGGAAAUGCGAGAACGGGCAAUGGAGUGUUUGGGGGAGUCGAGAAAGAGGUUGGCCGAGCAAUUGGGGAAGGAGAAAGAGGCAAAGAAAACCAGGAAAACGUCGGGAGAGGUAUUUGAGUGGUUAGGCAAGAGGAUGGAACUGGAAACAGAAAAUAAGGAAAAAGAGCGAAUGGAAAGAAAAGAGGAAAGAGAAUUUCAACGUGAGCAAGUACAGCAGCAGCAGGAUCAGCAACAGCAGCAGUUUGCAAUGCUACAGCAUCAGAUGGUGGCUUUGAUGCAACAACAGCAUCAGCAAACACAAUUAAUGUUUGAACUUAUUCGGAAAAACCAAGAAUAA